GCACGCCACGUGUCCCCCCCAACAUCGGGGACACGUGGUCGGUCCCGCACCCCAGCCAGGGGAAGUAGGGCCUCCCCCAGGGCACGCCACGUGUCUCCCCCAACAUCGGAGACACGUGGCAGGUCCGGCACCUCAGCCAGGGCUGGAACUACAGAGAUGACCGCCAGGAGGAGGCAAGAGGAGGAGGAAGAGACACCGGCCUCACAGAGGAGGCCAGAGGAGGAGGAGGAGGAGGACGAUGGCGAUGAGGGCCCCAGUGGGCGAAUGGGGCGAAGAUUUUCCAGUGAAGAAAAUGCAGCACUGGUUGAUGAAGUGAUCGUGCAAUGGGAUGUGUUAUUUGGAUGUCGAUCCCAUUGCAUCAAUGCUGCCAGACGCAAAAAAAUCUGGCAGCUAGUAACGGACAAAGUCAACGCUGUAGGCGCUGUACACAGAGAUCACAACACUGUGUACAAGCGCUUCAGUGACCUGAAGCGUUGGAUGCGGGCGAAGUUUGCUGCCAGGAGAGCAAAGGCCCAGAAGACCGGCGGUGGCCCUUUACCAUCUUUGAGGCUGCAGCCUUAUGAACGCCGGCUUCUGGCCAUUAUGGGCAGAGAGGUGUGUGAAGGUUUAGAAGGCUCACAUGACACAGACUGGAGAACACCACCGCGGACAGUGCCACAACCCACGGACAGUGACCAGGACCAGGACCUUGAUCCUCAGCAGCCCCAGGAAGAGGGUGAGGCUGCAGAGAGCCCUAGAGCCCCACAAGCUCAAGAACAUCGAGCUCCCCGGCGUUCCCAGUCGCCAGCCGUGCUACCUGUGGUGCCCCCCAGACGUGAUGCUGCUGAAGCAGGUGCUGCAGCUCCUGCUGCUGCUGCACCAAUUGGGGGACCACCACAGGAGCAACCACAGCGACUGGCUGAGAGACGUGGGCAGUAUGUGGGGCUUAUGCAACUUCUCAUCCAACAGCAACGCCGCAACAGUCUCUGGAUGCGAAGAUGGUUUGCUCGCAUCCAUGCCGGCUUCCAUGAUGGGAUGCAGAGCAUGGAGCAAACCUUCCAGAGCAUGGAACAAACCAUCCAAAGAAGCAUCCAGGACCUGGUGGCGGCUAUUCGGGAAGUGGCUCAACAACCACGGGGUUCUGCUGAGGGUCCAGUCCCUGGUCCUGCUGCUGCUCCCCCUCCACCCCCUGCAUCUCCUCAGCAGCGCAGAGGAAGGGGGCGUGGAAGGGGACAAGGUGAUGCUGCUGAAGCAGGUGCUGCAGCUCCUGCUGCUGCUGCACCAAUUGGGGGACCACCACAGGAGCAACCACAGCGACUGGCUGAGAGACGUGGGCAGUAUGUGGGGCUUAUGCAACUUCUCAUCCAACAGCAACGCCGCAACAGUCUCUGGAUGCGAAGAUGGUUUGCUCGCAUCCAUGCCGGCUUCCAUGAUGGGAUGCAGAGCAUGGAGCAAACCUUCCAGAGCAUGGAACAAACCAUCCAAAGAAGCAUCCAGGACCUGGUGGUGGCUAUUCGGGAAGUGGCUCAACAACCACGGGGUUCUGCUGAGGGUCCAGUCCCUGGUCCUGCUGCUGCUCCCCCUCCACCCCCUGCAUCUCCUCAGCAGCGCAGAGGAAGGGGGCGUGGAAGGGGACAAGGUCCUGUCCGAGGGGAUAAGCGCAAACGUCCCUAG